AUGUCGUCCUCGCAUUCCCUCGAGGUCUCCCCUCGGCGGGACCGCGGGUCCAGCGACGAAUCCGCGGACGCCGCCUUCGCCAAGCGGGGGUGCUGCUUCUGGGUGCCCUUCCUCGGCUCCUCCGACGACGACGUGGACCGCCCGCCCGCCGUCGCCGCGCCCGCCGGGACGAACUGGUGGGAGCGGGUCGGGGACACCCCGGACGACCCGUGGUGGGCGCGGGGGUGGCACAGGGUGCGGGAGUGGUCGGAGCUGGUGGCGGGCCCGAGGUGGAAGACGUUCAUACGGCGGUUCAACAAGAACCGGUUCAGCCGGAACCCGCAGUUCCGGUACGACCCGCUGAGCUACGCGCUGAACUUCGACGAGGGCCCCGGGCAGAACGGCCACCCCCUGUUCGAGGAGGACGUCCUCCGCCGCGACUUCUCGUCAAGAUACGCCUCGAUCCCGGCGUCGUGCAAGUCCUCGAUGGACCUCGGGAACCACAGCGGCCCCCUGUUCACGUGA